AUGAUACAGUCUCGCGAUUCAAUCCCGAAUAUCGUUAAGCUGCCAAUUAACGGUAUGGUCUUCCCAACUGGAGAAAUCUCCACGGAAAAUACGCCUCGUUACGCACAACGACUUGUCUAUUCACCUGAAGGACACCGCGGCGACGGCAAAUGCCGUGAUAAACGGAUCAAACACGAAGCUGAUGCAUCACUGCUCAUGCAAGUAUCUCUUGGCUGCUGUGCGCUUGCAGACGAUUGGGACAGCGCACCUGUCUCAUGCAUGCAUGCAGCGACAGUCACCUCUAUCCCGAAAAUGGCGUCAACAGGGAUGUCUAAGAGGACCGGGAUUGCCCGCCGAAGCGAUGAUGCAUAUUGUUUCAGCUGA